AUGGAAGAACGUAGGGGUGUCAAGUCCUUGUAUAGUCUUUGUAAAGCAACCUGUUUGCGGAAUAUCAAAGACUUGUAUGAUAUUGGAAUCACAUCGUACCAAGUAGCUUACCCUAUCCUAAAGACCAUCACCAAUCCCGAACAACUUCAUAUAAUCGAGCAAAGAUCUCCACAUAUAAAGGGUGAAACUGCGGAGCUCUGGAAAGCAUUCAUCGUUCGAGACAUUCCUAAAUGGCAAACAAAGAACUAUGUGCCAAGGGACCCAACCAAAUGGGCCCAAGUGUACAAAAAAUACAAAACUGAGCAUGAUGAGGAAGUUGCUAGCGCUCAAGCCAUUCUGAUGAAUUCAAUGAAUGCACUGAAGCAACACAAACAAGAUCAUGUUAGCAGAUUUGUUGAUCUCAAACGUUUACCGAAAAUUCCAAGGGAUUAUGGAAUGCGCGCACACAAUGGAGGUGUUCCUUUGACCAAGGGAAGGGCGCUUCAAAAUGCUGGACCUAGUUCCUUAACCUGGGGUGGAGGUAGCAGAACAAAAAUGACGGAUGGUGCAAGCGUACUUACGAAAGCUCGUCGAGAAGCUAAGGAAAUGAGUCAAAGAAGCAAACUCAAUACCUUAAGCAGCGGAUUAAGACACGGACAAGUACAGAGGGCCCCUGCUGGAAUGUCUCAAGAAUACAAAAUUGCCAACCAGCCUGCAUUGAAAAUUUUGACGAGACACAGGCCAUCGGGUGCCAGAAGUCCCGGCGCUCUCACUUCACCAUCCAGUGGUCCUUCCCUUGAGGAUCGUGAAAAGAGAUUACGCGAUGCAAUGAGUGGUAGAAAGCCAGUUUCCGGAUCUUCGAAGGAACCUAUGAGUGGAACUUCAGCAGGAACCCUGACCAUGCUAGAUGACGAUAUGUUCGGUGAUGAUGCAAAUGACGUAGACAACCUAUUUGAUGAAGAUGAAGAGACAGAACCAGCCCACCAAGCGUCGACUCGGCUACCGCCAUCUCGCAAGAUCAUGAAAUCAGUUGCACCAUCAACUCGCAUUCGUUCUUCCUCCCCACCAAACAAGGCAACAUCGAGACCAUCCGCAGCGUCAUCUCGACCAGCAGCACCCGGAGCUAUGAUGCCCGCUCGUAGACGACCAGCUUCUGUCGAUAUCUUCAAUCGUGGACCUAAGAAACCUAGAAGAUAG